AGUCUGGUAAGAAGCUUCAUCUCCAAAUAGGAUGACCGUCGGCUUUUGUGGAAGGGACUGCGUACAGCUACGUAGCUAGUUCUGGGACACCCGGUUGGUUCCGUUUGUUCAGUUUACCUGAGGGGGAAUCUAAUAACUAAAACAUCGCUUUUCCCUGUCUGUUUAGUGUGGAUUUCCGAUGGAUAUUCCGAUCUGAAGUGGUGUGAUUUGAGCGCGGCAUGUAACAAAAAGAAGCGCAAGAGAAAAGUAGCGCUCGUAUUGUUAUUCUAAAUCGAGUCCCAUCUGAACUGCUGUAAGAGACAAAUCUAAUGGAUUACUAAAAGGCAGAGCUAUAGAAAUACUCCAAGGCAUAUCCAUUCAUGAGCUGAAGAUGUCUUAUCUUUGCAAAAGAUAAAUGAAAAUGAAAAAGGAAGGCUUCUUGAUUGGCGCCCUGAACUGAUUCCCUCACAAACUGCUGGAUUGAAGAGACAACCAGUUACCAACCUGACCUGUGACAGAAACAAAGACUGAGCCAGAUCUGUAGCAGCAGCAGCAGCAGCAGCAGCAGCGGCAGCGUUGGUGCGACCAUGAGGUCAGAGGCCUUGUUACUCUACUUCACGCUACUGCAAAUAGCCGGGGCGGGUUUCCCCGAGGACAGCGAGCCUAUUAGCAUCUCACAUGGCAACUACACAAAACAGUAUCCAGUAUUUGUGGGCCACAGACCUGGGAGGAACAACACGCAGCGGCACAGACUGGAUAUCCAGCUCAUCAUGAUCAUGAACAAGACAUUAUACGUCGCUGCCAGGGAUCACAUAUACACAGUGGACACGGACAAUGCCAACAGCGAUGAGAUCUUUUUCAGUAAGAAAAUGACAUGGAAGUCCAGACAAGCAGAUGUGGACACCUGCAGAAUGAAAGGGAAGCACAAGGAUGAGUGCCAUAAUUUCAUCAAAGUCCUCCUGCAGCAAAACGAUGACAUCUUGUUUGUUUGUGGAACAAACGCUUUCAACCCCUCCUGUCGAACCUACAAGAUGGACACCAUGGAGGCUCUGGGGGAAGAGAUCAGCGGAAUGGCACGUUGUCCGUAUGAUGCCAAGCACGCCAAUGUUGCCCUGUUUGCUGAUGGCAAGCUGUAUUCAGCCACCGUAACAGACUUUCUAGCGAUCGAUGCGGUCAUCUAUCGUAGCCUUGGCGACAGCCCAACUCUGCGCACUGUCAAACAUGACUCCAAAUGGCUGAAAGAGCCCUACUUUGUCCAGGCAGUCAAUUAUGGGGAUUUCAUCUAUUUCUUCUUUCGGGAAAUUGCUAUGGAGUACAACACAAUGGGAAAGGUGGUGUUUCCUCGGGUGGCGAGGGUUUGUAAGAACGACCGCGGUGGCUCGCCCCGUGUCCUAGAGAAGCAGUGGACCUCAUUUCUGAAGUCUCGCUUGAACUGCUCCAUCCCCGGUGACUCCCACUUCUACUUCAACAUCCUGCAGGCUGUAACAGAUGUCAUUCACAUCAAUGGGAGGGAUGUAGUGAUGGCUACUUUCUCCACGCCUUACAACAGUAUUCCAGGUUCGGCAGUGUGUGCCUAUGACAUGGCAGAGGUGGCCAAGACGUUCACAGGGCGUUUCAAAGAGCAGAAAUCCCCAGAUUCCACAUGGACGCCUUUUCCUGAAGAGAGGGUUCCCAAGCCAAGACCUGGCAGCUGUGCCGGCACUCCAUCCAUGGAGCGAUACAAGGUAUCCAACGAGUUCCCUGACGAUACACUCAACUUCAUCAAGAUGCAUCCUCUGAUGGAUGAGGCCGUGCCCUCCAUUGCUAACAGGCCCUGGUUUCUUAAGACCAUGGUGCGGUAUCGUCUGACGCGCAUUGCGGUGGACAGUGAGGCAGGUCCCCACAAGAACCACACAGUGGUAUUUCUGGGAUCAGAGAAAGGCAUCAUCCUUAAAUUCUUGGCCAAGAUGAACAAUGGCUUCCUCAAUGACAGCCUGUUUCUAGAAGAGCUCAGUGUCUACAACCCUGACAAGUGCAGUAUAGAUGGUGUGGAAGACAAGCGCAUCAUCGGGAUGCAGAUAGACAGUAAAAGUCAUGCUCUGUGGGUGGCUUUCACUUCCUGUGUAGUCAAAGUACCGCUGUCUCGCUGUGAAAGGCAUGGGCGGUGCAAGAAGUCCUGUAUAGCCUCCAGGGACCCAUAUUGUGGCUGGGUGUCAGAAGGUGCCUGCAGACAAGUGGUUGGUGGCAUCAAAUCAGCCUUUGAGCAGGACGUGGAGCAUGGUAACACAGAUGGCCUGGGAGACUGCCAAAAUACAUUUGUGGCACUGAAUGGCCACCACCACCACCACCAUCACCAUACCCUCUCACUUCCCACCUCAGCCCUCCCUGAGGCCGCGGAGGGCCCCCUGGGGCGGGGCCGCAUGGUGGAGCAGAAGGACCUCCCCAUGAGCUCAGACAAAGGGGAAGACCCCUACGUGGCUGUGCCCUCUCAGACUCAACCCGAAGCCAAUGGUGUGAUCCGCGAGAGCUACCAGAAAGGCCGUGACCAGCUGGUUCCUGUGACCCUGUUGGCAAUAGCUGUCAUCUUGGCAUUUGCCAUGGGCGCUAUCUUCUCAGGUCUCAUUGUCUACUGCGUCUGUGACCACCGACGGAGAGAUAUGGACCUGACAGGCCGCAAGGAAAAGGACAGCCUCCACCUUCACUCCCGCCGAGGAUCCAUGAACAGUGUGACCAAGCUGACUGGCUUGUUUGAGACGCAGGCCAAAGAUGGUCGCCCAGAGGCCAUCCUCAGCCCUUUGAUGCACAAUGGGCGACUGACACCAAAUGGGAAAAUGCUGAUAAAAGCUGACCAGCACCACCUGGACCUUACUGCCCUGCCAACACCUGAAUCCACACCCAUGCAGCCACGUCGUAAGCCCAGCCGGGGAAGUCGUGAGUGGGAAAGAAAUCAGAACCUGAUCAAUGCCUGCACCAAGGACAUGCCACCUAUGGGCUCACCCGUUAUUUCUACAGACCUGCCCCUGAGGGCUUCACCAGGGCACAUCCCCAGUGUGGUUGUCUUACCUUUGCCACAGCAUCAGCACCAGCUUCAGCCUCAUCUGCAACAGUCCUACCAGCAUGAGUAUGUGGAACAGCCUCAUCAUAGUGACCUGAGCAUGGGCCAUGGCGUUAUGGAUGACCAAGGGGCCACACUGGAGUACAAAACAGUAAAGAGUCCAUGUCACAACCUCAACAUUGUGGAUCCAGAUGGGGUGCUGCCACCUCGUGUUCCCCAACGAGAGGCCUCUCUCACCAUCCCUCCUGCUGUUCCACAGAUGGGUAAACGCCUGGAGGUCCACUCAUCAGUCUACGGCCUCCGGAAAGGAUCAGCAUCUGCUGCUUCUGGAUCGUCCGCCCUCAAGAAGCAUAACACCAACUCAUCUAACUCCUCCCAUUUGGCGAGACAUCACAGCUUUCGUGUGGAGUCCCCACCACCUGCACCCCAGAGGGUGGACUCCAUACAAAUGACAGCACAGGGCAUAUCGCUGUCACGUCAGUCUGGAAUGAGCUCUUACGGUUCUUUGCCUCGAACAGGCAUCAAACACCUCAAGCCUGAUGUCCCUCCAAAACCCUCCGUAGUCUCACUCUCAACAAAAGUCAAGUCAAGUGACUCCGGCACAUAGUCAGCCAGUCAGCUCGUCAAUCCAAUGUGAACAGACAGUUGUGAAAGAUGUUUUCUGAAAGAAAGAAAAGAGAACAGGGAAUACUGUACAACUUUCAUCUCCUUUUAGUGUUUUGUUUGUUUGUUUUUUGGUGUACAGUACAGUGGAAAAUUCAACAUAUUUUUUCCUCAGAAAACACUUUCCUUUUAUAUAAAUAUGUAAAUAUACAAUGGUUGUUGUCUAUUGUUGCCGUCAUUGAGCUCAUGCUCUGGCCGGCUCCCAGUUCCUCUGUAAACACAACUGGCAACAUGUGCUACUGAAAAAGAAGACGAAGUCUGUCCUGAAUAUUUCAUCCAUCGGCACCUUGUAGCAUUCAAGACGGUGGUUCUCGUUUGUAGUGUCAUUGGUCGCUGGGACUUGACCUGAUACUUUAUCAUGCCGAUAAAAGCACAUAAGACAGCACGCAGAGAGCAGGGGUUGGAGAGUAAUUGUUGUACAGUACCUUGAGGACUUAAGAAUCUAAGUGAACAAGCACUCAUAGAAACUGAGUAUGGACUGAAAGGACAGACCGCUGCCUACGUUCUGUUGGAAACUGUGAAAAGUCUCUCAGUGUUACAUCAAUCAAAACCCACCUGGGUUUUACUCAAAGCCCGGACGGAGGAAUCUCCUAUUGUACUGGUUACUGAAUAACACAUGACUGUUAUACUAAUAGCCUGUUGUAUUUAUUUUUAUUAAGUGCUUUUGGAAGAAAAACAAAACAAAACAAACUGAGUUUCUUGGCUCAGUCAAAGAGUGGACAAAGAAGAGGUGUUCUAAUAGGAAUUAAUCAACUGAGAAAAAAAUAUUUAAAGUCAUUAAACUGGAGCCAGUAGAACUUUUUUGUUGACUAAAGGUCCACAAGGUCUUACUGUGUGCUCAGUGGGACCUGCAGCUUGAGAUACAGUAUACAUGACCUCUGUGAUGAGGAGGAGAUAUUUAUUUAAACUGUGCCAGACCAGGACUUUCACCUUAAUGGAGUUUCCAUUGUUUAAGACCAAUCAUUUAAAAAAACAAACAACAAAAAAGACUUCCUGAAUCUCACCCUUUUACUCCUCCAAUGAGUUUCCCCUCCCUCCCCCAAUCAGCACUGUGGUUUUGUGUGGGUCAGAAACAUUUUGUCCUGAUUGGUUGCUGGCUUACCGGUGCCAUCAAAGCUCACUGUUGCAUGUUGCAAUUAUGAGAAAAGCAGCUGCAGCAGCAGUGUGGGAAUCUGCACACACACACAAACACUCAAAAAGAAGCUCUAAAUGAGGCUGCGGGCAAACGGAACAGUGCCUCCAUCUUGGAUCGCAUCGUCUUGUCCAGCAGCGUCACACAGAUUAGGAGGUGAAAAUAUGAAAACAGUAAAAACAUCUGUACUGCCUGCUUCUUUUUUUCCACAUGUAAAUUUGUGCCUUACACCCUAAAGUAGUGACAAUGUUUUCUUUAAUAGCUGUUAACUUUGUCUCCUUGUUGUAUUUUUUAUUUUUAUUUUUGGUUUGAUAAAAAAGCAAUUGAAGAAUGUAGAUGUUAUUGUUGUAAUUCUGGUCCCUAGACAUAACACAUUUACAAUCCAUAGGAGGGAGAGGAAGAAGCAUUCCCUUCCUUCUUUCACACCCUCUCUCCUUUGGAUAAACACACACACACAUGCAUACACACUCAUCUUUGUGGUUCAUUUCUGAUUGUGCCAUUAAUGCGCUUCAAGCAACCCUUUAUGUUGUGCUGGCAGUGUCGAUGAAGACGUUGUGAGUGUUUUUCUUUUUCUAUUUUAUACAAGCUAAAAGUCCUGAUAUUUGUUUUGAUUUGUUUUUGCUCUCUGUUUGAAGUGAUGGUCAAUUGACUGAUUGACUGAACAGUUAUUUGUUACUUCUUGAGAAGGCCAAUGUUUUGUGUAUCUUUCUGGUGCACUGCAAUAAUAAUUCCACAGCAGCACCAUAUUAAACAUUACAGUCUGAGCACCCCCCCUCUCGCAGUGUACCAACGCAGCUCAAGACUGCUCGUGUACAUCUUAACAUUUAUUUGUUAGGUAUUUGCAUAAACAGGCUGGUUCCUGUGAAGAAAGUUGACAUUUUAAAUCAUCAAUAUUAAAAAUAUUCUCUAUUUAACCCCCUUUUGUAAGAGAAAACACUUUUUUUUCUUCACUAACUCAUUAUCAAGGCCUUAGGAAUGGCUGCAAGUUUGACUAAUCUGACCUUUUUGCUUUCACUUCCUUCUUACUUGGGGAUUUUUUUAUUGAUGACCCCAGCCCUCACCUAAACACAUAAAUCAGUGAAGCACUCCCCUUGUGUUGUAUGUGUAGAUAGGUCAAAGUUUUCUCUCGAUAUCAAGCAGUUUUGUGUUUCUCAAUGGAGGAAAGCCAACAAUGUCUCAAUCCACAGCUAAAAGAAGAGGGACAUGCAGGAUCUGUGGCCUGAAUUUUAUGUGCAUGGAUGUUCGCAGGGUUUGGUUACAAAUCAUGGGUCAUGGGAAAACAGGCCAAAGCUCGAGCAAGACAAAGGUUUGAAGCAUGGUCUGGGGUUAUUUGAGACAGGUAGCUCAGUAAUUAAUUAAAGCAUCAACCUUCAAAAUGAAAGAGGCCUAAGAUUAGCUUAAAGGUGUGUGAUUUCUCUAUUUUUAAACCUUCAGUGUACUGGGUACAUGAAUCAGUAACCUCCCCAGGCCAGAAAUAACGUUUAUCUACAGCUGUUAUCUUCAACUAUUCAAACAUGUUUAUUUUGAUUGGGCUUUGCCUGGGAGAAUCUACACAGAAUGUGAGCAAGAAAGCAUGUCCACAUCCUGUGUAGGUGCAGAAAAUAUAGCUGUGGGUGCAUUUGGAUAUCAGAGGUUUGAAGACUUUUAAAGACUGGAUUAGGAUUGACUGUGAAGGCUGCUGUGGACAGUGAGGUUCUUUAGUGUGUGCCUUUUUGUCUUUCACCCUUGUUAUAAUACACUGCUAUUAGAUGCAAAUCGACUCUCUUAUCAACUCUCAAACUUUUGAACUUUGUAAGCUUGUAAGAUAUUGUGACGUCACAAAGUUUUUUGCCCUCCUCUCUCCACUUCCUUAACAUCUGAUUCACAGCUUAAUGUAUGUUGUAAAGAACAAAACUCUUUAAUUUAAUGCAAAAUGUAAUAAUAAAAAAAAAGAAAAUAAAAUUCUUGUCAUGAA